AUGGCCGAAGACCCGGAAAUCUCAAAAAGGCGGCAUGAACAGCAACAAUUACGGAAACAGCUGCAUGAAGUAUUCGGGCCGUUUGAUCAGUUCUGUGAAUAUGUGGCUGGGACGACUAGUGCCGGUUCAAGUGGUAUCAUGCGUCACGGAGUAGUGCAACUCCCAACUACACCGUUGACCCCAUCCGCACGAUCUACUCUGCCAACCACUUCAUCAUCGGCCAGCUCUUCAACUGCUCCUCAACAGUCAACACAACAGCUGUUGAUGAGUAUGCAAAAUCUAGUCACGUCCCCUAUUCAGCCACUUCAAGGAUUACCCUUCUCGUGUAAUCGGGACUAUUUGAACACUGCUCCAUCUUCUACCCACAGUGCUCCAGAUACAGACAACUCUGCAAAGAAAGGGAAAAGGCACAGGGCAUUGGAUAGUGAUUCUGAAGUGGAUAGAGACAAGAGAAGACGUCGAAACGAGGAAGUCAGGACGUCCGUGGCUCCUAGCACCAGUCGCUCUAAUCCGCAGUCGUCGAAUUCUGACAGCAUUCGAACAUUGUCCCCACCCCUUUCGCCAAUAAAGCAACGACCUUCUGACAAGAAGGCAGAAAGAGAACGCAAGGAAAUGGAGACCAAAGAGAAGAGGAAGGAAAGGGAUCGACAUUCCAAUGAAAAACGAUCUAAAGAUUCUGAGCGAAAGGAUAGACCAAGUGAACGAUCGGAUAAGGUGAAGACAGGAGAUGGCGAACGGCAGAAGCCCACGGAAAAUGAGCACAAGUCUGAUGAACACUGCAUGCCACGUGCAUCCAGCUCUCAGUCGCAUGAAGGCGGUGAACAUUCUCAAAAUCACCGCCCGUCAUCAGUCGUCGGCAGCCAUCCUUCACGGAACAGUUUCGAGUGUGCAGCGCCGGAAUGCGUACCAACGAAACCUUCGCGUCCAGUGAAACCAGAAGAGAGUGACAAAGUCAACAAAAUGUUAUUCUACCUCGACACAUCUGUAUAUUUCCUUUUAUCGGCAAAGCAUUUCACGUCAGCAGACUCACCAGAGGUUCGCGGCAACCGCCAGUAUUCAAUCAUUCGCGACACGAAUGAUCUGCUCAAGAGAGUGACUCACGCUUUUUGUCAAAUAUCAGAAGGAUGCUCCCCUUGGCAUAUGCAUAUGUUAUCUCGAAUACGCAAUCUCAGUUCACGCUGUCAAGCCUGUUUAUUGUAUCACAUGUACAAUUUUAGAUCUCAUAAUGCGAUAAAGUCGUACGGCGUGUUGGUUAACAUGGAAACACAGAUCCAGGAAGAAAGACAUCAGGCACAGAAUGGAGCUUCAGCCACUACCUCAUCUUCGCCCGGUGACAAUGCCCAGCAAAGUUUACGACGUGCAGAAACAACAGUUGAAGACACUUCAUCACCUGAUGUGGUCCCAUCGAGUCUGGCAGGAUGCGCUAAACGUGCUGAUAUUAGCAGUUUGGAUAUGGCAUUUAUUUCUGGAUUGGAAAAGGUGUGUGGUCAGCUGUUUCUGGACGCUCCACUUGAAAAAAUGUGUGCCUAUAUGCUAACUGCUAUUGCUUGGCUACGUGCUGAGUACGAGAGGGAAAAAGUUCGUGCUCCACCUCCGAUAGCAAAACGCGCCGGU